CCAUUAUAUAUAUAUUUUUUUGUUCCUUUCAUUUUUGUUGCAGUUUAAUUGCCGUACAACUUUUUAUAUACUGUAUAUAGGAAAGUCAAUUACAUGCAAUGACACUUUUCGGCCACCAGGGGGGCGGGUCCAGCCCCCCCCCCUUAAAAUCCGUUUAUGCUUUCAAAAUAGAACAGUGAGCAAUUUGACAAGUGACGAUGCUUUCCAUUAGCUCUGUUUAAUAUCUGAUGCAGAACAGUAGCAUUGUAAUUCCACGUCAAAUUACGUUCACGUUGAUGACGCCCAUGAUAUGUAAAUUGACGUUAAAAAAGAAAACUACAUUUUGAGUAUUUUGAGAGAGCCGCCGGGGAUGGACCUUCCACGUUUUGCUUGCAAACUUCCGAUGCCUUUCCAAAUCUGCGUUACAAGGUGUGCAGAGCUGCGGCGAGAACAUUGUCGACAUGGGGGACAUGGAGGACGAAACCUUUGCCAUCUCCAGUUCCUCUGCUGCUGACACUGCAUUCGACUCUGUUAUUGGCUGCAUAGAGGACAUCAUUAUGGAGGAGGAUUUCCAACUACUGCAGCGGAAUUUCAUGGAGAAACACUACAAAGAGUUUGAUAACACUGAAGAAAACAAACUCAGCUACACACCCAUUUUCAAUGAAUAUGUGGAGCUGUUAGAGAAAUAUGUGGAGCAACAGCUCAUGAAGAGGAUUCCCGGAUUCAAUAUGGCAACCUUCAUAGAGCAUCUCAUGGAGCACAAAGAUGAAGUAUCUGGCGACAUUGUUGACGUACUGCUGUCCUUUAUUGAUUUUGUGGCUUUUAAGGAAAUGGUUUUGCAAUACAAAGUGGAAAAGGAGGGCCGAAGUCUGGACUUGAGCACAGGACUCAUAGUCACCCCUUUAACCCCGGCAGCCUCCAGCCAGUCAGGAUCCAAACAGUUGCCGUGACAAACACAAUAGAACGCCUGUAUGUAUGCCAUGCAGUGAUAUACACAACACCACGCCUGUUUGUAUGCCAUAUUGUUGUUAUUUGAGCUUCAAAUGCAAUGUUAUUUUUCGACCACCCAUAAACCUCAAGUCAAGUGCUCGGACUUCAAUCUUCAGUGCACCCUUCUUUCAUGUUUUGCUUCGUUGGAGAAAUUUGGAGAUACCGGACAAGCAACAGGAGAACAUGCUAACACCGCACAGAUUUAGCAUGCUUCCUUUUGUGGAAGAGGUGCUAAUCAACAGACCUGUGUGCUCAACAAGCUGGAGCCCCGUCCAUGUACAAACUUGGUCGAAGGUUUUGAGGCACUUUCUCAUCAGACUGGAUGGUGAUGUGUCUCAAAACGUUUUGACUGCGGGUGUACAGAGUUUUAAGAUGGAAAAUAAUACAAAGCAUCGUUAGAUUUCACUCAACUUUUUUUUGUAAACAUCUGCAGCAUUUGUUUUCGUGUAGUGUUGGUACCAUGUAAUUACUUUACUAAUUAGUAACUAUGAGACAACAUUGAAUAUAAGCAGGACAAAAUGUAGAAUUAACUCAUUGGCUACCACUGAGGCGAUCGAUGUCACCAUUCCUUGACGAGGCAGCAAUCCUAGUCAAAAUGGAUUGCACGUCUGUUACCGUCAAUGACACUGAAACAUGAUCAUUCACUGACAGCCUUUCCGGUUUAAAUAGAUUGGGCAUCUAUCGCCGUUAAUGGCAGGCAAUGAAUUAAUUGAAAGCUUGAUAGAUGUUUUGAGUUUGUGACUUAAUGAAAAUGUCGUACCUUUUUCGAUAUUUAUUGCUUUGAUUGAAUUUUGUGCAUGUAAAAUUGAUUUUUAAAUGUGUAAAUAGAGAUUUGUAGAGUAUAUUUGUCCAUGAAACAAUUUUUUAAUAAACAGGUGAAAGCCUGAAACCUCCCGAUGCUUUAAUGAUUGUAAAUUUUUAUCUACUUACAGUGGCAUGCAAAGGUUGGGUCGUAUCAAGCGGGCCCAAACCUUUCCAUGCGACUGUUCAGUGUGGGAAAUAAUUAUGUUAGAUUUA